CAGUAUCAGUCGAGCCCCAACAUCCCUCCUCUCGCACACUGAACUCACACACAAGCACACGGGAAGCCGACGAAGGCUGCUCCCCUCGGCAUCCCUCAGAUUUCCGCCUUAUUUUAGCGCAACCUCUGCAGCCCAGCGUCUCGGCACAGCUCGCUCCAAUCGCCGGUCAUGGAUCCGGCGGUCGCUCAGGUGGCGGUAGCCGUGCCGUGGCAUGCGCUCGCAGCUUUGCAGAUGACCUGAAGCCCCUCCGGCUCGCUCGGAGCUGACUCUUAACAGAUUAGUUUGUAGCUGGAAGCUUGUCUCAAAUGUUGCGGACCAUAUUUGAAGCGGAGUGUGCUCUCUCUCCCACAGAGGGGAUCCUGGGAAAGGAGCAGCCGCUGGAGGUUCUGAAGACAUCGGCGCUCAACCACAUCCCAACAGUGGACAUUAACUCGGCGCUGCCCCUGCGUCUCCCCCCGGCCGCCAUCCCCAUGGACCUGCGCGUGGACCAUCACCAGCAACAGCAGCAGCAGGUGUCCUCGCUCUCCCCGACCGGCCAGCAGUCGUCCGGCCCGGGCGGCGGCGGCGGCGGCGGGGUGGUGGGGUCGUCGGUGCGGGAGCAGCAGCUGCAGCAGGAGCUGCUGACGCUGAAGCAGAAGCAGCAGAUCCAGCGGCAGAUUCUCAUCGCCGAGUUCCAGCGGCAGCACGAGCAGCUGUCCCGCCAGCACGAGGCCCAGCUCCAGGAACACAUCAAGCAGCAACAAGAGCUCCUGGCGUUGAAGCACCAGCAGGAGCUGCUGGAGCACCAGAGGAAGAUGGAGAACCACCGUCUGGAGCAGGAGCUGGAGAAACAGCAGAGGGAGCAGAAACUGCUGCUGCUCAAGAACAAGGAGAGGGGACAAGAGAGUGCAGUGGCGAGUACUGAGGUGAAGAUGCGGCUCCAGGAGUUUGUCCUGAACAAGAAGAAGGCCCUGGCCCAGCGGAGCCUCAACCAAGGAGGCCUCCACAACGACGCUCCCUACUGGUACCGAAAAACCCAACACAGCUCUCUGGACCAGAGCUCGCCUCCACAGACUGGUGUGUCCACCUACAACCAACCUGUGCUGGGUGUCUACAAUCCCCGGGACGACUUCCCACUGCGAAAGACUGCCUCGGAGCCCAACCUGAAGCUGCGCUCCCGGCUGAAGCAGAAGGUGAGCGAGCGGAGGAGCAGUCCGCUGCUGCGGCGCCGAGACAGCCCCAUCACCACGGCCAAGAAACGCUCACUCGACAUGGCAGACUCUGCGUGUAGCAGCGCCCCCGGCUCAGGCCCAAGCUCCCCUAAUAACAGCUCCAACAACAUCCCCAAUGAGAACGGCAUCACUGUGUCAGUCUCCAACAACACCGAGGCGUCUCUGGCCCAGAGGCUGUGCAGCGGUGCUGAGCGGGGCUCCGUUAACCAGCUGUCCCUCUACACUUCACCAUCCUUACCCAACAUCACCCUGGGGCUGCCCGCCACUGCCACAGCCACCGCCGCUUCCAACGUGACCUCAGCCCAGCAGGACGGAGGUCUGCAGCCGGCCCUCUCCCUCAGCCCUCCCUUCCUUUCCGGCGGCCACUUGACCCCCUACCUGGCCGAAGCCGGAGCGGGAACAGGCGGGCACGGCGCGCACAGUCCACUGCUUCAACACAUGGUGCUCAUGGAGCAGAGCCCAGCACAGAGCCCCCUGGUGACAGGUGUGAGCGGCCUGUCCAUGUCGCCGGCAGCUUCCAUGGCCAAACUGCAGCGGCAGCACCGGCCCCUGGGGCGGACCCAGUCGGCCCCGCUGCCCCAAGGCAGCGCAGCACAGGCCCACGCCCAGGCCCUGGCCCUGCAGCAGCUGGUGGUCCAGCAGCAGCACCAGCAGUUCCUGGAGAAGCACAAGCAGCAGUUUCAGCAGCAGCAGCUCCACAUCAACAAGAUGAUGACCAAGCCCAGCGAGUCGCCUGUGGGCCGCCAGCACCAGAGCCACCCGGAGGAGACGGAGGAGGAGCUGAGGGAGCACCAGGACGGAGGAGCUCUGCCGCCGGGGGUCACCAUCAAGCAGGAGCCCCCCGACCCGCAGGAGCUGCAGGAGGAGGCGCUGCAGCAGCACAGGGAGCGGCAGGCGGAGCAGGAGCUGCUCUUCAGACAGCAGGCUCUGUUGUUGGAGCAGCAGCGCAUCCAUCAGCUGAGGAACUACCAGGCCUCCAUGGAGGCUGCCGGCCUGUCUAUCACCUUCCCAGGACACCGCCCCCUGUCCAGGGCCCAGUCGUCCCCGGCAACCGCCUCCUCCUUCCCCAUCAGCGUCCCGGCCAACGAUCCUCCCGUCAAACCUCGCUUCACCACGGGCCUGGUGUACGACUCUCUAAUGCAGAAACAUCAGUGUAUGUGUGGAAACACCAACAGUCAUCCGGAGCACGCGGGCCGCAUCCAGAGCAUCUGGUCCCGGCUGCAGGAGACCGGACUCAGAGCGCAGUGUGAGUGUAUCCGUGGGAGGAAGGCCACUCUGGAAGAGCUGCAGACGGUUCACUCUGAAGCCCACGUCCUGCUGUACGGAACCAACCCUCUCCGACAGAAACUUGAUUGUUCAAUCACUCCCAUGUUUGUACGGCUACCGUGUGGAGGGGUGGGGGUGGACAGUGACACCAUUUGGAACGAGGUCCACUCCUCCAGCGCGGCUCGACUCGCUGUCGGCUCUGUCGUGGAGCUUGUUUUCAAAGUGGCCACUGGAGAGCUGAAGAAUGGUUUCGCUGUGGUCCGCCCUCCUGGACACCACGCGGAGGAAAGCACGCCCAUGGGUUUCUGCUACUUCAACUCUGUGGCCAUCGCAGCCAAACUGCUGCAGCAGAGACUCAACGUCAACAAGAUCCUCAUCGUGGACUGGGAUGUUCACCAUGGCAACGGCACCCAGCAGGCGUUCUACGACGACCCCAACGUCCUUUACCUGUCUAUUCAUCGCUAUGACGACGGCAACUUCUUCCCUGGAAGUGGAGCACCUGAUGAGGUGGGCAGCGGCUCCGGAGUCGGGUUCAACGUCAACGUUGCCUUCACCGGAGGCCUCGACCCGCCCAUGGGAGACGUGGAGUACCUGGCUGCCUUCAGGUCAGUGGUGAUGCCCAUAGCCAACGAGUUCGCCCCGGACAUCGUGCUGGUCUCUUCUGGCUUCGACGCUGUGGAAGGACACCCUCCUCCGCUGGGCGGCUACACUCUGACGUCCAAAUGUUUCGGCUAUCUGACCAGGCAGCUGAUGACCCUCGCCGGGGGCCGGGUGGUCCUGGCUCUGGAGGGGGGUCACGACCUCACCGCCAUCUGCGACGCCUCCGAGGCCUGCGUGGCCGCCCUGCUCGGCCAGGAGCUGGACCCGCUGCCGAAGGCCGUCCUGGAGCAGAGGCCCAACCCCAACGCUGUCCGCUCUCUGGAGAAGGUUUUAGAGACUCACAGUAAGUACUGGCGUUCGGUGCAUCGCUACUCCCCGCGGCUGGGACUUUCCCUGCUGGAGGCCAAACGAGGAGACUCAGAGGAGGCUGAAGCCGUCAGUGCCAUGGCCUCGCUGUCUGUGGCCAACACCAACGCCAUGGAUCAGAGGCCCGAGGAGGAGCCCAUGGAGGAGGAGGAACCACUGUAACGGAGGGAAACAUGAGGGUGUCACACUGUAACCUUUGACCUCUCCGGAGAAGAGUCUCGACUGAUCCCUUCAUUUAGUCCCCCUAACCCCACUCACCACGUCAGUCACCUUGAUUGGCGGCCCCUCGGUCAAAACGAGGGAGAGGGGGUGGGCUCAGCCUCAGAGUAGGGAGCCAAUCAGGAGACAGAGGACUGAAUUGGAAAAAAAAUUAAACAUAACAUCGCUGCUUGGCGGCGCUCGCUCAGAGACACUCGUUUUUUUCUGUCAGUCUUCGCACCCCCACGUUAGCCCACCAUGCGACCGAGGCGGCGGGGGAGGAGGGCGAGUGGCGGCGAGAUCAGGUCUCGUGUGAUGAACUGCAGAAACAUACGGUGCUUUACACAGCUGCCCUCUGACCUCACUAUGGGACACCAGGGACAGCAGACGUCCCCAGCUCGGGACUUUCUUUACUCUUUUCUCGACUCUUUUUCCCGACGAAAAACAAAAAGGGCAUCGCGGCAACUGAGAUAAUAUUUCACGAGACGCGUUCACUGUGGACUUUGGUCGGGCCGAAGUUUGAGUAGGCUCCGGCAAAGGUUUGAUGACACCUCGCCUGUCGUUGAAAGGUUGACGAGUGAGAGGAGUGCCUUGGUGAGGGUCCGCUGGAUUUCAGGAUUGUUCAGGAAAAGAUUGCCUUAAGUUAAAAAAAGAAUUUUCUCGCCGGCGGAGGAAUCGGCGCGGUGGGGAAGGAGACGGAUCGCUCCCUCUCCUUUUCUGGGGCGAGAAGGACAAAAAUAAAGCAAACAAUCUUUCAGCAUGUUUACUUGGAACGUGACGAAGACAACAUUUCUGUCUCUCACAGCCUCUCUUGAAGAGUUAACUUUACUUUUGGAUGGAUCUAUUUUUCUGUAAAAAAGAAAAACGCUUUGUAAAGGUAGUUGCCAGCUUCAGUAGAAAAACGGUGCAAACAUGGAGACCUUCAAACAAGGAAAUUAGUCAAAAAAAAAACAAACAAAAGGUUUAGCCUUCGAUGUAGCUUCCCUUUAACUGAAAGUCAUUGCUUUGUAAACACAUAAAGCAUGCAUUUGAGCAGAGAGACCAGACGUUUUUGCAAGAUUUUUGAAUGUUAUCCAAAAGAGAAAGCCAAGCAAGAAAAGCCAAAGCAUGAGUUUGCAUAUACAGUAGUACUUUCACUCCACUUAGCUGGCAAACAUUUCUCGUAUUGGCCCUUUGAGAUAAGGCUCCCAGUACCCAGUUCAAUGUUUACUAAUUUAAUCUUCACACAUCAGUGAGCAUUUCUUUACGUGUGCCGAUCGGCCUCCCAUGCUUUGCCGGUUGACAACUACCUUGGUUGCUACUAGUGUGGAGCUAAACAUUAGUCAUGUAUAUUGGAUUGAAUAUAUUUUGAGAGGCAGUAAUCGCCUGUUUGUAUCUACAUGUAUGAUUUACACAUCAAGUUGUCGAUUUACAAUAUCAGAAAAUGUGUUUGGUAAGCGUGUCCACUUUUUAUUUUUUAUUGUAUAAGAUUAUUUUUCUAACUUUUUUCAUCCAUAGAUUUUGUUCUGUGUUUUUAUCCGUUUUCUGGAUAGUUAUAGGGCUGCCAUUCACAUACUUAGUACAAUUCUUCAAUUCUUUCUUUCUUGUAUUUAUCAAAAAUAAGGAGCGACUUUCUUUCUUUCUUUCUUUCUUUCUUUCUUUCUACGGCUCUCUCUCGGCCUUUCUGCAUUUUCAUCAAUUGUGUAUUUAUAACAUGUACUGUUUAUAGGAGAUUUGUAUAUGGAAAAUUUAUAAAUGUACUCUAACUAAUGACAGCUAUGAUAUUGUGAGCGACAAACAGUAUGGUGUAUGAUAUUACUCCAUGGACUUUUAAAAAAAAGCAGCAUAUUUAACUCGUCAUCGACUGCACUGUUUUCAAGUUGCCCUCACGUGAAAUGUGGUCAUUACGCGGCACUAAAAAUGGACUUUUUGAACACCUUUAGAGCGAAACAUUGGAUCACUUUGUUGCCUAAUCGAUACAUUUUUCCUCUUGUAACGCACUUAACCUUUCGACUGUGACGCCAUCACACAUCCAAAAAGAGGCUGUUUAUGUAGCUAGCUGAGCUUUCCUCGGCGGGAAAAGACAAGGAGGGGACACGGAUGUUAAAAAAAAAAAAAGCUGAAUUUUAACUGGAUGGAUCAUUUAGAAAUCUUUCUCAGCAUGUGU